GACACCGACUCCAGCGCUCACCAUCCUGGCCUUGAACAACGGCGUCCCCAAGUUGCCAGAGAUGCUGGCGGAAUCCUUGGGACCGUCAAGCCACGAGCUAUUGAAGAUGAUCGAGGAGUUUCGGAAGGAGCACGCAAAGGAUCUUCAGCACCUUCAGGCGCAGUCCACCACAUCCACCGUGGAGCGGGGCAGUGGCAAGACUACGUCAGCGCCAACUCCUUCUCAUCGAACAUCCUGCGUGCCUGUGUACCGUGCCGGCGAGGAGGUGUUUGAUGUUGAGCACGUGUGGCUGCCGGAG